CAGCGAGGUUAUAUAUUCGACUGCCUGACGGCCGCCGCUUGAAAUCUACUCACGUUUUGGACGCGCAUGCGUUUCCGCAAGUAGUAAAGGAGGAAAGUAGGGAUACAUCCCCACCAUGGAGGACACCGAAGUUAUAUAUUCCACUGCCUGGCGGCCCUCGCUUCAGACCUACUUACGAUUUCGACCCGCAUGCGUUUCCGCAAGUAGUAAAGGAGGAAAGUAGGGAUACAUCCCCACCAUGGAGGACACCGAAGUUAUAUAUUCCACUGCCUGGCGGCCCCCGCUUCAGACCUACUUACGAUUUCGACCCGCAUGCGUUUCCGCAAAACGAAACGGAAAAGUGGGAGUGCUCUCCCCACCAUGGAGGACACAGAAGUUAUAUAUUCGACUGCCUGACGGCCCCCGCUUGAAAUCUACUUACGUUUUGGACGCGCAUGCGUUUCCGCAAGUAGUAAAGGAGGAAAGUAGGGAUACAUCCCCACCAUGGAGGACACCGAAGUUAUAUAUUCCACUGCCUGGCGGCCCUCGCUUCAGACCUACUUACGAUUUCGACCCGCAUGCGUUUCCGCAAGUAGUAAAGGAGGAAAGUAGGGAUACAUCCCCACCAUGGAGGACACCGAAGUUAUAUAUUCCACUGCCUGGCGGCCCCCGCUUCAGACCUACUUACGAUUUCGACCCGCAUGCGUUUCCGCAAAACGAAACGGAAAAGUGGGAGUGCUCUCCCCACCAUGGAGGACACAGAAGUUAUAUAUUCGACUGCCUGACGGCCGCCGCUUGAAAUCUACUCACGUUUUGGACGCGCAUGCGUUUCCGCAAGUAGUAAAGGAGGAAAGUAGGGAUACAUCCCCACCAUGGAGGACACAGAAGUUAU